CUGUAUAUUUUUAUUAUCAACAUCUCUAAUUAUGGGAGUAAUAUAUUUUCAUUCCCGUGCAUCGCACGGGUGAAUUCCUAGUGUGUGUUAAAUAUUACAGCGGGAAAAUAAUAAAAAUAAUAAUCCGAACUGAUAAACCGUUUGGAUUAUACAAUGAAAAUAAAAUAAAUAAAGUUGGAAUCUUCGAGAAGCUCGAAUGGAUCGUUACGACAGCAAGAACUCGAACGGGCAGAGGAAGGAUUCAAAUAGAGCAAGUGCCUUGAUUGUUGAGAGAUGUCGGACGGAUGACAGAGGCGAACCGAAACAGUUUCUGGAAAUAGAGGUUAGGAAAGCGGAGUCACUGGAGCUUUCCUUAAGGCAGAGGUUGCAGGUGGAGUUUGCAGGAAGUGUGGCGCAACUGUAUGCAGAGGUUGCAGGUGGAGUUUGCAGGAAGUGUGGCGCAACUGUAUAUGGUCAAAACAUCUCAUCCUCAGAUGCCUACGCAUCCGAGGAAUCUAUGACCUCCUCUUCCUCGACCGGGUAUUAUUCUUCUGAUUUCAAACCCCGGUCGAUUCCCAACCCCACUGUCCGUGAACCAGAGCCGGUUAAUCAGAUGCCCGGUCAGGAUUUUAUGGAGAGGGAUGAACCGGUUGAUGACGAGCCAGCUCCCAAUGACCCUGACAACGAGUCAUAUAUGGAGUGGGAGGACCGGCUAGAAGCAGCCGGCUAUUUUCCCCUCCCCACCAGUUACGUCUUAGACAUCUACCUCCGGGUAUCUAAAAUUGCACAAAACAAAGCCCGUAGGAAUCUCCCGGUAGGUUAUGUCCUUGAAUAUGACCCCAAUUGGCCCAACAUCAUCGAGCCUCACCGGGAGGAUAGAAUAGACAUGAACUUCAAAUCCUUCAGCAUUCCGAAGAAGACCGGUGCGUCUUCUUCUGCAGGCCCGUGCACCUCUUCCACGAAAACUGUACCUGUCCAACAGGAGACUGUUGAGAUCGUUGAUGAAGAGGAAGUUCCCCAAACCGAGGAGGCUGCUCAGCCAGGGAAGGUCCUGGUGAAUCCUCCUCCCCACAAGGGGAAAGGGAAAACGAGGACGAAGCAAGCGGCCACCACUCACCCGACGGCUAAGAGGAAGAUGGGAGAAAGUGCCUCGGUGGUGGAAUCACUGGAGGAGCUCUGGGUAAAAAUGGGGCGCCGGCUAAAAGAGAUUAGCGAGGUGGGACCGGACGCCCUGGAGCAGCUCUCAGAGGAUUCUCCUUCCCGGUCAUCUCAGUUGGAGGAGAAACUGAAGAGGUUUGAGGCUCACAACCAGGAGCUACAAGACCUGAUGGGCCGUCAGCUCGAUGAGAUGGCCAAUCUCUCUAGGAUGGCCGGGGGCGGCAGAGGCUGAGAUCCUCCGACUGAAGGAGGAGAACCUGAAGAUGAUGGGGGAAGUCUCCCAACUAAAGGAGGACUCGGAGU